AUGCCAACUCUCACUAAAUCUGAUAAUGCUGCUGGAGGUAACUCGACUAACAAUGUGGUGACAAUCGAUCAACAUCAUCCAUUGUUUCUUCAAUCGUGUGACACUCCAGGUAGUUCCUUAAUCUCUAUUAAGUUGACUGGUCCAGAAAACUAUGCUUUGUGGAGUAGUUCUAUGCGUAUUAGCUUGCUUGGCAAAAGUAAGUUAGGAUUUGUAACCGGUAAAUGUCCUAUAGAGAAGUUUGAAGCUACAUUACAUGAUUUGUGGGAAAAGUGCAAUGCUGUAGUCUUAUCAUGGAUUAUGAAUUCAGUUAGCACUGAAUUACUAAGUGGAAUUGUGUAUGCAACUAGUGCCUACAAGGUCUGGUCUGAUCUUCAAGAGAGAUUUGAUAAAGUGAAUGGAUCUCGUAUUUUCUAUCUUCAUAAGCAACUAGCUACCUUAUCUCAAGGAGUUUCUUCAGUUUCCAGUUAUUUCUCUAAAAUGAGGGAGUUAUGGGCUGAAUUUGAUGCAUUGAUGCCUUGUCCAAGUUGCUCAUGCACUGAAUCGAAAAAAUAUAUGGAACACUUUGAUUAUCAGAGGCUUGUUCAGUUUUUGAUGGGGCUAAAUGAUUCCUACUCUCAGUCUAGUAAUCAAAUCAUGAUGAUGACACCCAUACCUUCCAUUAACAAGGCAUAUGCCAUGAUUCUCUCUGAAGAAAGUAGAAGGUCUUUAACAUCUUCACCUAGUGAUGAGAACUCAGAAGGAAUGGCAUUGUUUAGCAGUACUCACACUGGUAGAAAUGGCAGCAACUACCCAGGAGGAGGUCGAGGAGGUCCAGGUUCUUCACCAAGCCAUUACUCAUCUGGAACUUACAACAACAGAUCUAGGAGAGGAGAUGUUAUUUGUGAUUUCUGUCACAUUCGAGGUCAUACUAGGAAUGCCUGUUACAAACUGAAUGGAUAUCCAGCAGACUAUAAGCCUAAGAAAAGAUUUGGUGCUGAAAAUCAAUCUACAAGAGACACAUCUGGAUCUGGUGGUGAUAAAAGUAGCAAGGAACUUCAAAAUUGCAACAAGGUGGAGAGCUUAGCCAGGAUUCAAAUGAUAUGA